AGUAUAAUAAUAAAAUUCAAUUAUCAACUGCCGGUUUCAUUUUAUAGGGAAAGGGAGGUUACUCUUGAUCUGUCUGAUUCACGUGCAGUUGUCACGUGUUAAUCCUUUCCGCUCAUGUUGCGCUAUAUAGACAGCAACAACAAUUUUUGCUCGCUCUGCACAAGAAGUAUUUUAUCAAGAGUAACCGCUUUCCAGCUCGCUAUGUCACGCAAAAAGGAUGUCUCAAGAUCCUUAGGGUCGACGGGCAGGGCUAGAGGGGCUGGAAGAAAGAGGAAACUUGUUCAGCGUGCGGACAGCGAGGUAGCGACGUCGGCCAAGCAGACAAGGAUUGCGCCCGCCAGUUUCGUCUCAACUACAGGUGAGUUAUCCCCCUUAUAUAUAGUUGAUGAUUCGUGUAGCAGGUCUGACAGCAGCAUAAAUAUUACAAGUGGUAGGUCUAGUAAUACUGAUAGUAGUACAGCUACAGUUAGAUUCUAACCAGUAGGCGAUAGGCCUAUUGAGCUUGAUAGCAGCGACAGCGGUACGCUUGUUAUGGCAACCGGCAUUAGUCAGUCACAGGGGCUUGGCGUGCAUGAUUUCUCACAGUUUAUUGCUCCUCAGCCUAUCGUUCUCUCCCAAGAUAACUUAGGUUCCAACAUACCUCAAAAUAUCAAGGAGAAAAUUUGGAAAAAUGAGUAUGUGGAAUUAGGGAUCUUAACUAAAGGGCUCAGACAGGAGACCUAUGACAACAACCACAAUCGUGCAAACAGAGACAAGAAGAGUUUUUUCAGAUUCCCUGCUGUAAUCAAUAACAGUGAUGAGAUAACGAGGGAUCUGAGUCAGAAGCGGCGCCGUUUGUGGUUGGCAGCUGUCAACAGAGAAGAUCUCGCAUUCAAGGACACCCGAUACAUGCGUGUGUGCAGCGAUCAUUUUGUCGGCGGUUCUCCAUCAGCCCUGUAUCAGGACACCCAUCCAGGUUGGAUACCUAGUGUGAAACUUGGCUAUGACAAGGGCGACAAAGGCGACAUGGGUUCUCGUUUCUUCCGUCUACAGGGACGCAAGGAGGCGACACGACUCCGUGACCUGCGAUUUGAUGAAGAAGAGCAACAAAGUGAGGCAGAACCGGAUGCUGAACAUGCUGAACCAGUGGAUCAGGACAUUACACCUGAAGAGGAACUUAAAAGUUGCAAGAUUAAAAUUGACAUUCUUAAAUCAGAAAAUGAAUCUUUAAAACACGAGAAUCUUCUACUCAAGAAGAUAGUGCAUAAAAUGAAAGCAAAUAAUACUGAAGAUUUUGAUGGUGAUGAUGAUAAAAAACCCUCUAUUGAGGUUAUAAGGCGCAAUUAUCCCAGAAUCAACACAAUCGAGGAAUGGACAGAUGCAUUCUUGAUAUUUGUCAGCAUUUAUCUGGAGAAAUUUGGGGGCAAAGCACAGCACAUGCUUAAAUACAUGAAUAUUGUACGCAUGGCAGCUACAAGGAUGAAGGUUUAUGGCUGGCGUUCCUAUGAUCAGCAGUUUCGACUUCGCCAUGCUCACAAUCCUCACGAACCAUGGUCUGUCAUCAAUAAUGAACUCUGGCUUAUGUUUGCAACCCCAUCAUCAAGUGUUAGUAUCAAUCCAUACUACAGGCAAGGUCAAGGCCAAGGCCAAGAUGUUAAGCCCAACAUGCGGACAAAACGCCAGCUUCCAUGCUAUGACUUCAAUCUGACGAAAUGUAGCCGCAGUGUGUGCAGAUAUGCACAUGUGUGUACCAGUUGCAGUAAGCCUCACCUUCCCGCCUUUGUAAGAAUAUGUCAAAGUUGGCACAUGUAAAUUAACUCCCCAAAUUGGAAAGCAACCUAGUUUUGCCUGAUAAAGGUAAAUCACCAGUCAAUCUGGAACAUUAAACAGCUUUGUAAAAAAAUUACCCAGACCAAGACACGGCUGAAUACCUAGGUGUGUGUGUGUGUGUGUGUGUGUGUGUGUGUGUGUGUGUUUUGGUUUUAGUUUGAAUUAUACAGGUCCAAGGGAAGCAUGUUAUUCUCAUAACUUGAAAUCAUGUACAGAACUACCAGAAGUAGUCAGGCAGAAUUUUCAGAAAGAAAUUACAUCAGGUAGGAUGGCAGGACCAUUUAGUUUCCCACCACUUCCAAAAUUAGGGUGCGGCAAUUGGGCUUGUCCCAAAGAUAGAACCUGGAGAAUAUCGGUUAAUUCACCAUUUGUCAUACCCAGAGGGUACAUCAGUCAAUGAUUAUAUUGAUGAUGAGUAUGCCUCAGUUUCCUACACAAGUUUUGAUGAAGCAGUGGACUUAGUCCACCAAUUUGGCAAAGGGGCAAUGUUAGCAAAAGCAAACAUUAAAAGUGCAUUUCUGUUAUGUCCAAUCAAUAAUCAAGAUUUUGAUCUCUUAGGUAUAUAUUUUCAGGAUAACUAUUAUGUGGAUAUGUGCCUCCCAAUGGGAUGCCGCACGAGCUGUGCAGUUUUUGAAAAAGUAGCAAGUUUUAUACACUGGGCUACUCAAUGCAGGUUGAAACAAGGGGCAUUACUUCACUAUUUGGAUGACUUCUUUUUGGUAGCUCACCUAACCCUAAUCAUUGCCAAGACGCUCUUGACACCUUUUUGUUGCUAUGUCAGAAGUUGGGAGUUCCUAUUGCUAGUGAAAAGACAGUGCUUCCAUGUACUUGUUUGACAUUCCUUGGAAUUGAAAUUGAUACAGUAACAAUGGAAUUGAGAAUACCGACAGACAAAAUCAAUCAAUGUAAAAACUUACUUCAUGGGUUUGCAGAUCGUAAUAAAGUGAAAUUGAGGGAAAUGCAGUCACUUAUAGGUUUGUUGAACUUUAUCUGCCGAGCAAUCCCCAUGGGACGCCCAUUUUCAAGACGAUUUAUAGAUUCAACAAGGAAUAUAAAGAGAGCAUAUCAUCAUAUCAGGCUGACUAGAGGGAUGCAGGGAGAUAUUAAUACAUGGCUGGAAUUUUUAAGCUGUCACAAUGGUAUUACAGUGUUCCCAGACCAAUACUGGAUGUCAAGUGACUCUCUACAGUUAUUUACAGAUAGUGCGGGUGGAGAGCAUUGUGGAUUUGGUUUGUACUUCAAAGGCAGGUGGGCAGCUGGAUUAUGGCCCAAGGAAUGGAGACUCCAAGGUUACACCUCAGACAUCACAUUCAUGGAGUUUUUCCCAAUAUUUGUGGCAGUUCAUAUUUGGGGGGAACAUCUCACAAACAAGAAAGUGAUAUUUAAUUCUGAUAACCAGGCAGUAGUGCAUGUACUGAAUAGGUUAACAUCGUCAUCACCGAGAGUAAUGGUUUUAGUCCGUUUGUUUACUCACAAAUGCUUGAAGCUUAACAUAAUCAUGAAAUCUCAAUAUAUUCCAGGGUGCUACAACAGCAUAGCAGAUUCUUUAUCCCGCUUUCAGUUGCAGCAGUUUCGGAUUCUAGCACCCCAGGCUUGUCCGCAGCCAACCCCAAUACCAGAUUCUCUAUGGCAGAUAUGGAAGACGAAGCUAAAAGGCUAUUAAGUAUGUCAGUAUCUCAAAACACCAAUAAGGCAUACAGGUAUGCGUUGCAUGGAUUUCAACAGUUUCGUUUCAGCAAUAACCUAGAUCAGACCUGGCCGGUUCCAGUUUCGCAGAUUGCUGAUUACAUAACCAACCUAUCAUUGGAGGGUAAGUCUCCAGCAACAGCUUAUCAACAUAUCUCAGCUAUCAGUAGAUAUCAUAAAUUAGCCUCAUUAUCAGACCCUACAGAGAAUUUUGUCAUCAAGAAGUUGUUACAAGGAAUAAGAAGAGAUGCUCAGAAGCCAGAUACAAGAGCUCCUAUCACCUUACCAUUGUUAAAACAGUUAACGGAAGCCUUGCGAUCUGUUUCAAAGUCAGUGUACGAGACUAUUCUGUUUCAGAGUAUGUUCUCCUUGGCAUUCUUUGGAUUCUUGCGUGUAGGUGAACUAGUGAGUAACAGUGGCCCAGCGUAUCAGGGACUGCUGCUAUCUGAUGUCAUAUUAAAUACAUCAAGUAUUGUUAUGACAAUUCGCAUGUCCAAAACCGAUUUGAGAGCAGCUCAACUUCACAUUGGAGCCCAUGCUGAUGUUUCAAUUUGCCCAGUGGCAUUGCUGAGAUUGUAUUUGGAUAGCAGACCCCAUUCAUCAUCCAGAGAGAGUUUUUUCAUACAUAUUGAUGGUCUUCCAGUUACAAGAUACCAGUUUUCUUCAAUGUUAUCAAAAGCGUUAGGGUGUGUUGGUCUGGAGCACAAUAAAUACAAGUCUCACUCUUUUUCAUUGGUGCAGCUACCUCAGCAGCUAUGCAUGGUAUCUCGACUGACGUCAUCAAGUGUUGGGGAAGGUGGAAAUCGGAUGCGUUCAAACGAUAUAUCAGAAUAGCUUUAAUAUAAGGAACGGUAACAAUUCAUGUGUAUGCUUAACCUGUCAACUAAGUUUUUCAGACAUUUGGUUCGUCGGAUCUUCCUAUGUGUAUUGGGCUCAGAAGAAUUCACAGUGGUUAGGAUGAAUUUGCGACUAGACCAGCUGGGUGCUGAGGUGAAGUGGCUUGGCAAGCUAGGAAUGAAGAUGGACGACUUGAGACCAUGCAUCAAGAAUAGACUCAAGACACAUCCUCCUCCGAAGGUACUUGUAUUACAUCUUGGAUCAAAUGACCUAGUGAAGGAUAGUGGUGUAGACUUAAGUAAGAAAAUAGAAGGGUUGGUUUCUUGUAUCACAGCAUCUAUGCCUGAAGCACUUCUGGUGUGGUCGGAAAUCCUACCUAGAAGGGUGUGGCAUGGCGCACAGAGAGGGGCUGCUAUUGAACGGAAGAGGAAGAGAGUAAACCGUUUCGUUACGAAUCUAAUAUGGAAAAAGGGGGACGUCGAAUUAAGCAUGAUAUAACAGCAAGCGAUUCCAACUUAUAUCGCAAUGAUGACAUUCACCUUUCCGAUGUGGGGAUAGCUAUUUUCUUACAGGAAGUACUGGAGAGUAUCUUUUUAAACAGUUCUACUUGACUUACAUUUCUGGCGGGGGUGGGUGGAUGGGUUACUCAUCUGUGGCGACCCCAGUGAGACAAGCCCCUCCUGUUUAUGCUCUGAGCUGCUCACAUCUGAUAUAUCGGCGCUCAGUUAUUAUUAUAUUAUUAGUCUUAAACCUCUCCCCCCAGGGUUUCGUCACAAAUGUUGUAAUAAACUGUGCCCAUAUUCUAUUCCACACAAAUAUUGCGUUUGUUGUUUUUAGUGUUUAUAGUGAAGCUUCACAAAGGAUCAUAUGUUGCUCAAGGUUCAAUAUUUGUUAAGUUUAGCAUAUUACCUUGUCAGGAUGAUAAUGGUUAAUUAUGACUCAUUCUGCUUGUUUUUGCAUGGGGGACAACUCGACAAUGAUCCCUCUAGGAUUCCAUUGCAACAAAUUAUAAGAAUUUCUUUCGAAUUAUUUUUGAAUGUGUUGGAAAUGGAAUGUUUUCAUUUUGUUUGUUUAUUUUCACAUAAAAUGAAUGCGAACCAAGACUUUCCGUAUACAUUUAUUGCACGGGAAAUAAAAAAGAGAUCGAUCAACUUCUCACUGCCGUCCCGUUGUAUAAAAUAAUUGUACCAUUUUACAUUGUAGAGCGUUUCUGGUAGUAGUGCAGACUAGUGUCUUAAGAAAUCACUCCAAACUUUUUUUGGCGCACACGGAAAAGCAAAACAUAUAUAAAUAAAUUCUUAAAAUAAAUAAAACAACACUAACAGAAUUCAUGCACAGAUUGCUUUUUUAAUCAUUAACGGAAAGAACAGACGACAAUCAGUGACAUCUUUCAGCUCAGUUUCCGAAAUGAUAUGGU